UUCUGUAUGAGACUGUGACGUCAAGUUAGUCCUCUUGCGAACACUUUAAUAAAACAAUGCAUAUCGACGCAGAAAAUACUGACAGACUAACGCAGGUCCUCUGUCGAUAUGUGAAGUGUGUCCCCUUGCAAAUAUGUUCAUUCGUUCUAUUCCUUUUGAUAUAUUAUCACCGACUAAUGUUGCCGAUGGUGAACAGUUGAGCUGCGCACAGUUGAGUUCAGUCGAGGCUGGAGCAAGAAGAGGGCAAGAGAGCUGGGAGACAGUUGGAGCUUUUAUUAUGCCCACAUUGAUCAUUUGUUGCUUAUUUACCCGGUCGGACCCAUGGUGAAGAGAAAGAAGACGUCAUCGACAACCGAAGAGCAUGAAAAUGGCAUGACAUCGGGAUCCAGGGAGGGGAUCGGUGUCGAUGGGGGAAGGAAUCCGGCCAGGAAAGCCGAAGGUUGCGACGAAGAGGAGAGCGGAGAGCCAGCGACCGAGGAGCGCAGUACAAAGGGAGACGACGGAGUGGAAAUUCUUAAUCCAUCAGUCUCGGGUCUCAGUCCCGGUCCAACUCCGGUCCCGCUACCGAACCGAACAGGACCGGCUUCGACCCAACAGUCUCAGUCCUCCACGGAGCCGGCCCCUCCUUGUCACGACCAACAUCAUUUUCUACGAUCAAGUGUUCGACCUCCAAGCAAGAGGAUCCGGAAGGAUUCCAUAGGCUCAGCCAUCAACGGACACGGAGGGACCAAAUCCAGAGCCUCGGAGAAUGGAUCAUCCACCCAGGGAUCGGUGGGUCAGUCAGGGCCUUUGGCCAGUACCUUGGGGGGUGUUUCUAAGGCCUCCAAAGGCCAAGGUCCUACUGAUAAAGAAGAACAAGCUGGCAACCAGAAGAGGGCUCGUCGACAGUGGGAGUCAUGGAGUGCUGAAGACAAAAACAGCUUUUUUGAGGGGCUGUAUGAGCAUGGGAAGGAUUUCGAGGCCAUCCAGAACAACAUCGCCAUGAAGUACAAGAAGCGAGGGAAGCCUGCCAACAUGGUGAAGAACAAGGAGCAGGUGCGCCACUUCUACUACCGGACCUGGCACAAGAUCUCCAAACACAUCGACUUUGCUAACGUUUACGCCCGUGUGCUGAAGAAGUCCUCCCAGGAACUCUACGGGCUCAUCUGCUACGCUGAGCUCCGCAAGAAAGUGGGAGGCUUAAUGGACGAUAAGAACGUGGCAAAGCUGAAUGAGCUCAUCCAACAAGGGGCCACCACUGUGCGCUCCAAAGGCAGGAACCUGCGGAUCAAAGCCCCCAUGUGUCGAGCGCUGAAGAAACUUUGUGAUCCAGAUGGCGUGAGUGACGAGGAGGACCAGAAGCCAGUGCGUCUUCCUCUCAAGGUCGCUGUGGAGCUGCAGCCGCGAAGCAACCAGUCGUGGACCCGAGUCCAGAGUCUUGCUCACAACCCCCGUCUAAGGAUGGUGGUGGAGCUCCACAGGAAGGUCUCCAGUCUCAUCGAGUACCUGAAGCAGAAGUGGGCAUACCACGACCAGCGAAUCCUGAAGAGUCUGAUGGAACGUGAGGCUCUGGAGGGAACCUCUUCCAACUCUCCCACCAAGUCCUGGCUAGAGGAGCUCUUCUUGUUCCCGGCCGAGAGCAGCACUUUAACCACGCUGCCCGGCGUGGCCCGAGUGGUCCACUCCAAGGCCUCCUGCACUGUCCACUGGCAGGAGAGCGGGAAGAACCGGCCCAAUACCAAGGAGCUGCCCACUGUCCAGAUCCUGGGGAUUCAAUCGGCAGCUCGCGCUAAGCCUGGAAAAGCAACUUCUGCGGUGUCGGUGAGCGCCUGUGAGGCCUCACUGGAGAGGGCGGAGGAGAAGACUGCACUCUCUGGGGUGUCACCUGCCUCAUGUGUGCCGGUGGUUGCCAGAGAGGAGGCCGUCGAGGGGAGCAAGAUUCCUCUGGGCGAAGACGGGAUCUGUGGUUCAUCUGUGACCAGUACAACAGAUAAUAUGUGCAUUGGUGCGGAGAGCUUGUCAGAGCUAAGCAAAGAGGAGCAGAACCUCGGCACCUCCUCGCCAGAGAUGACGCCGUCUCCUCCAGCGAAGGCUCCGGUGGCUGCCUCAGACGAGGGACUUCUGUCCGGCGCUAAAGAGCGGACGAUCGAGCAGAUCAGGGAGGAAGGCUGGAGUGCCCGCGACGCGGAGAACGUCACGCUGGCUGAGCUCUACCUGAUGUUCGGGAAGCCCGGGAAGUUGCAGCUGGAGUACGAGUGGCAGACUGUCGCGCCUCCAGACGGCAGCCAGGAACACGGACUCACCGUCAAACCAAACCCUACACAACGUGUUCUGCGUUGUCUGCUCAGGCUGGUCAACACUGAGGUCAACCCCAAACCAGUGCCGCCUGAGUUGUGUUCCACUGCCACCUCCCCUCUCAAGAGCCAGCAGGACGAGCCUCUCACUCCUCCAGGGAAAGCUCAGGUAGCAGGGGUCCGCAGCCCCAACUAUAGUCGGCAGCAGCUCACCGCCCGAGGGGCGAGGUCUAACGUCGGGGGCGCAGGUACCGAUCCCAUAUGUCCUAGUCAGCAAGGUCGCGUCCGGACAAUCAUGACUGGCGUCUGCGCAGGCGGACGGAACCUUCCUCGCUCCCUGCUGGGGUCCAGCGAUCCAGAGAGCGGAGUGUUUGCAGUGCCCACGACCCUCCCCCCAAACAGCUCCCGACACAACCGAAUGUUCUCCCCCAACAAGGAGGCGGAGCUCGCGCUGAGGCAGCAGCUCGACUCCAUCAGCAUGCACUCGGACCUUUUCCUCUCCAGACAGAGGAAGCCUCGAAACAGACAGUUGCGCAAGCCACUGGUGGUUCAGAGGACUUUGCUGCCGCGGACGACGGGCGACACGCCGCAGCACGUCUGCUCCUUCUCCAUCCUGUCCAACUCUUCCGCCACAGGAACUGGAUCUUUUCGGCCAAUCCAAACGCGACUCACUCCCCCCUCACGACCUCCUCAGUCCAAAACUGCUCCUGGUGCUUCGACAUCUGCAGUGAGCAGCCAGCUCUCCAGCGCCAUCGACCUGGCAGCUAAAUCGGCUGGCAUCAUCCCUGAGAGUCCCCGCAGAGACGGCGACGUGCCCUCUGGUGACAACACCUUGAUCACGACUGAAACACUCCCUAAAGGCCAGGAGGACUCACGGCUUCUCCAGCACUCCAUCACUGAGAACGGUCUGGCUCAGCCUCCGUCACCCGGAGCGGACUCUCUUCUGUCGCCCCCUAGUGUCGCCUCACUCUUAGACAUCUCCCUCCCGGGUCCCCCCGAAGAAGCACUGGCGCCCGGGGAGCCUCAGACGCACAUCAGUGACUCCAUCAUCGAGCUGGCCAUCAACUCAGCCCACUAUGGCGAGGAGUCGGCGCUCUCUCCGGCGAAGCUCGGCGGCCAGGCUGCCAAACUGUUGACCUCGUCUCCCUCAGCGAGUCCAUCCAGAGGCUGGAUCCCCUCACCCAGUCACGACCCCCAGUGGUACCCCAGCGACUCCUCAGACUCCACGCUCGGGUGCCUCCUGUCGAGUAUGGUGUCGCCUGAGAAGAGCCGGCGCCCCACCUUGACCCCCUCUGGUCCCUCCAGCGGCACUGCCUUGUUUGGUCCCAGCCUCCUGGACUGCAACUCCCAUGAUUCCUUUCAGUCCCGCGGCCUCCCUGACGUGGCAGAAGUGGACACCCAGCUGGCGUGCAUGAUGAGCGAGAGCAGCGUGGACUACAUCGCCCGCUUCAACGACCUCGCCCAGCAGCUGGCCGUCACCGAGCCCUCCGUCUCACCCCCCUGAAGCAGCAGCCAUCCUCGCCCUCGUGUGUUUAAGUGCAAUAAUUACCGUGAACUUUGACCUUCCCGUCUGGAGCUGCAGUUGAAGAAAGAGAGAGAAGAAAGAAAAAACAAACAAAACCCUUUAACAGCGACAACACGACCUCAUGUACAGGAACCUUCUCUGCCAUUCAACAACCCGUGUGUUCUACUCGGAGACGGCCAAAAGGUGCAGCAGGGGGCGCCAAAAGCUGCUCCUCUUCAGUAGUAGUAAGUCUUCGGCGUUCGGCAGCUUUCGCUUACCUCAACAAGAUGGCCGACCUGUUUGGGGAACUCUAUGGAAGUGAGGUCAUUUUAUAAACAAAAACAACUUUCCCUUUUUCUUGCACUUUUUACGAGCCUCACUUUUAAGAAAAAAUAACAGAAUUUUCUCUUUAAUUUAUGAUAAUUUUCUCCUUUUUUUAUAAUUUAAAUUGAAACGAUUCCAUCGAUCUGACAGACUGAACACGUGACACUCCAUCCCAUCUCCGCAACACUCGACCUUUAACGUUGGCAUUCCUUUCACCUCUGAAGCCAAACUGUUUCAGAUUUAACACUGAAAAACAUCAAGAUAAUUCACUGGUGAAUCUCAGGUGAAUAUAGAAGAAGCAUUCAAAACAUGAAUCAUGUCAGUGCAGCAUAUUCAUCGAAACACACAAAUGCUAAUGCCAACUAACAUGUCAAUUUCCAGUCCAACCUUGGAGGAAAAACAACGACACUAACAGGACCGCUUCAAAGCCACACCCGCCAGUGUUGCCGAGUCUUCAAGAGCUUCCACACUUGGGAUUAUAAUCCCGCGCCGCAUCAGUCGUUUGACUUCGAAUUCCUGUUGAAUAAGUUUCUAUUUGCAGGAAUUCCAGCGUCGACAUUUGUAACAAAGUGUAAAUAGUUGACGGGACUAUUUAUUGUUGGAAAAUUCAGACGAGUGGAUUUAAUUUAAGAGCUCUGAAAAAAGGAAAUAUCUAUUUUAAGUUGUUGUAAGAGAUGUUUUCCUGUGUAUAAAGAUUAUCACAAAAGAAAAUGUGUUUUCAAUUGCCUUCAGAUUGCAUUCAUUUAAAUAAACAAAAUAAUGCAAACAA